UCGAACAGGAAACAUAUUAGACGCUUCGCCUGUCGUCUUCUCUGUAUUUACGGGAGCUUGAUUGACAGGUGCAGGCUCCUCUGGUAGUGGUAUGGCCACUGACGAUGACCACUUUGGGCAGGGUGUGUUUGCCCACCCUGCUAACCCAGCCAUGAGCAUCAUCGGGGCUGAGGAUGAGGACUUCGAGAAUGAUCUGAAUGAUGUUGUGGAAGACCAGUGCGCGCACUUCAACAACAUAGAGGUGUUGAAGGAGCGGCCGACUCACCUGCUGGUCUUCAUGCAACACGUCAUUCUACAGUUCGAUCCUGCUCCCUUGCUCUGUUACCUCCAUGCUGACCUCUUCAAAAACCUCAGUGCCAAAGAGACCAAGAAACAGUUUAUGGAGUUCUACAACACCUUCAUGGACAAGGGCGCAAUUCUCAGAGUGUCAAUACCCCCUCAUAUAGCUUAUGAGUUGGACCGGACUCGUCCAGAUCUGCUCGCUGAUGACACGCAAAGGCGCUAUGCCCAGGACAUUGGAAAAUUACAGGUUCCUGAAGUGGCCAAACAGCUGGAAGAUUUCAGGCAAAAGAGGAUGAUGGGCAUGACCCCGAAUGAGGCUGAGCUGCUUGACGUGGAGAACCACUACCCCACUGACCGCGUCCCCAUGGAGAUGAAGGAGAAAUCUGUAGCUGAGAACCUCCUGGAAAAGAUGUCUGAGAAACAAAUGACAAUCGUCUCAGACGAGGAAAAAUGCCAAUCUAUCUUUGCUACAGUGACCUUCUACAUGAAGCACCUUGGUGUUAAAAGCAGGGGAGUCGACAGUAAGAAGUCCAGAGGAGGCUUCUUCAGGAGACAACUGGUAAAGAAUAAGAAGGAGGAAUCCACUAAGACCAAGCCCAGAGGGGUGUUCCCAAUUUCUAACUGGAUUCCAGGCAGUGCGGAGGGCAAACCCAAAACGGAUGCUGAAGGGGAAAGGGAUAAAGUGGCUGUGGAUCGUAAAGGCCUCGUUCCGGGCAGAGGCUCUUUGACCGACAAAAAUCCCCCUGGGGUAGGCGCAAGCCCUCCCUGUCCUCCAGUCAUAGACAUCAGUGACACCUCAGGCGGCAACAUCAGCACCACCAACUGCCCAGAGUCUUCACACAGCGAUGGUAUCACAAGCAAUCGCUUAGAGGCUCCAACUUUGUCGGACGGGGGUGAUGUGUCCCCUGUCUCGAUAGGAGGCGGGGUGCCCCUAGGGGAACCCCUCUCCCCUAGUGACACCCCCACAGAGGAGGCUAUAGAGAAAGACAGACUGAAGACAAGCACCAGAAAAAAAGUGGCACGCAGCGAGAGUGCUCGUGUGGACCGGCACCCGUCUCGACGCAGGGGCUCUUCUCGGGCCAAACAGUCCCGCUCCCGCAGCGAUGUGGACCUCCAGCCUCCUACCUCGACAACAUCAUCACCUGCCCCACUCACCCCCCAGCACCUCCAUCCCACCGAUGGACCAGUUUUCUUUGUUGAAGGGACUGGCCAGUCCCCCACCAGCCCCUCCCCACAGCUGGAGGAGAUGGAGCCACGGCUCCUGGAGUUCGAGCAGGACCCAGCCAACUGGAGGGAGCAGGCCUCUUCCGAAGCUCUGUCCCGCCUCAGCAAGAAGGAGACCAAGAGGCAGGAAGUCAUCAAUGAGCUGUUUGCGACGGAGCAUGCCCACGUUCGAAUGCUAAGUGUCCUUCAGAUGGUCUUUUCCAAGCCGUUGGAGAGAGAGCAGCUCCUGACUGGCACUGAGCUGGCCGCCAUCUUCCCCAACCUCGAUGAGAUCAUCGACAUGCACUAUAACUUCUACGAGAACCUGAAGAAACUGCGUUUGGAUGACGGCUUCGUUGUUAAAUCUAUUAGCACCACAGUUCUCAACCGAUUUGGUGGUACGGAGGGCGAGUGGUUCCAGAAACUAACAGCCCGAUUCUGCAGUCACCAGUCGUGGGCCCUGGAACAGAUCAAGAGCAGGCAGAAGAAAGAGCCACGCUUCAACGCCUUCAUAUUGGAGGCAGAGAGCAAACCCCAGUGCCGCAGACUGCAGCUCAAGGACAUCAUCCCUAUAGAGAUGCAGAGACUCACCAAGUAUCCACUGCUGCUGGAGAAUAUUGCAAAGAACACAGAGGACAAUACAGAGAAGGAGAGGAUCCAGCAGAGUGCCGAAUGCUGCAGAAAGAUCCUCAACCACGUCAACGAGGAGGUCAAAGUGAUGGAGAACCUGUUGACUCUGAAGGACUACCAGCGUAGAUUGGACACAUCAGGGCUCAAACCUAGUAACGAGCUUUAUACUGAAUAUAAGAACAUUGACCUGACUCAGAAGAAGAUGCUGUUUGAAGGCCCGCUGGUCUGGAAAGUCACCAAGGAGAAGGCUAUUGAGGUGCAGUGUGUGUUGCUUGCCGACUUGCUGGUCCUCCUGCAGAGGCAGGAUGACAAGAUGGUCCUCAAAUGCCAAAGCAAGAGCAACAUCGCCGUGCAGGAAGGCAAGCAGAUGCUCAGCCCCAUUAUUAAGCUGGACUCCGUCUUCCUCCGUGAUGUGGCCACAGAUCGAAAGGCUUUUUACGUGAUAUUUACCUGGGACAGCGGCGCUCAGAUCUAUGAACUAGUCGCUCAGUCUUUUGGAGAAAUGAAAACUUGGAUGGAAGUGAUAAAAGUAGCGGUGGAUGAGCUGAAGAAGAGCGGAGCAUCCAUGAAGUUGCCAGUGCCUCCUGAUCCCAUCAGUCCUUCACCAAUCCAUAAUCCGACUCCGAGUCCUCUUGAUAUUGAUGUCGUGAAACGCAGCAGUGACUUAUGCUUGUCUCCAUCUGUAGACCGAGAGAAGGACGGCUUGACACAUAGCAAGUCUACAGACGACAGGCGCAGGAUGAUGGAUUUCCUGUCAAACAGUGGCUUUGACUUAAUAGGCCACUCCAACAGCGAUCAGGAGAAGGUGGCCAGCAGUACAUUGGAUGAUGUCAUGGCUCUGAAAAGACUGUUGGUCAGCAGCAUCAGUCUAUCAGAAGACUUGCAAACUGAUGAAGAAAACGAAGUGGAGCAGUCAGAGAUGCUCAGUCAAAAGAUGGAUAACUGUCAGCUUACAGAAAGUCAGACCCCAGACGGAGGGGAUGAGGAGGUGAACGUCAACACUUGCGAAAAAGAAGACGAAGAAGAGACGAAAGGACACGAGGACAGUAGCAUCAGUGCACCCCUGUCUUUGUCCCCGGAGAGGCAGAAGGAAGUGAGCCUGAGGCUGCUAAAGCUGGAGGAAAAAAUAAAGAGACUACAGACUAUAGAAGAGGACUACCACAGGCUGCAGGAGGCCCUUUCCAAGUUCUAUCUGGAGGGGGGUAACUUCGAGUAAGACACCAUUACUCCACCUGCUGGCUACUAGGUUUUUACCAGUGCUGGUUCGGACUGAGACUGAGUGACUUUCAGCGGCCUUUCUGGAAAUCCCUAAACCCUCAUACUUGCCUGGACCCUUGCUGCAUUAUUUGUUUCUGUCACAGCUGUUUGCUGCCAAGCAGGAAAUGUCCUGCCUGUUGGAGAGGAGGGAGAGCUUUAUGCACAGUGCAAUGGUUCAGUGAUGGAACAUGGGAGGUGUGUGCAUGUGUAUAUGUGUGUCUUUUUGCAUGCUUGGUAGAGAGGUAUACAAAGAAGGAAAAAAAAAAAAAAGAGACAUCCUACCUUUGAGUGAGAGGUGCCAAAAGAACUGAAGCAAUAUUUUGCUGUGAGAGAGAUGCUGCCUAACGAAAUGUAGUGAUUUCAAUCUGCUGUAACACACAUACGCACACCAGAAUAACAAAUUAACAUUUUGCCAGUUACAAAUGUACAGUAAAGAAAGUGCCGUAAAUGGCCAACGUAGCACUAGAUUAUGUAAUGAAAUACUACUGCUGAUAUAGUGUUAUUUCUAGUCUAUGCCAAAGUACAACAAAGAUGCACUUUUUUUCCUAAUCAAAACGAGUUAAACAUGCCCACUGUUUGUGCAACAUGUGUUACUUUAGCUCUGUUCAGAAUGGGCAGCUUUCAUGUAGCUGGCCAUCAUUACUGAAAAGAUGUAUCCGUGAACAUGUGUGUGUAUGUGUGUUACAAAGUUUUUAAUUUAGGACAUUGUUUGGAGGGUUUUUACUGUAAUUAGGUCAUAUGAAAAAAAAAAAAAAGAAACAUUUAUAAAUAGUGGCACUAUAGGUAAUCAUUUUGUUAAUAAUGGAGACUUGUUUGUAUGUACCGCUUUUAUUUAUUCCUCUUAGUCCUGAUAGGUCAGUGAGUUGCUUCAGCUGAGACAAACUGUUACAACACUGGGCCAGAAAAAUAGAGCAUUUGUGAGAGUCGAACAAGACGUACGGAAGCAAAGCUAGAAUGUGUAGUAGAGGUAAGGUAGAGAGGGGAAAAGAGAGAUGUAGGCAUGGAACGUGGAAUUAGUGUAGCUUUGGUUUAGGGAGCUGGAACCGGGUGGUCAAGACAAAAUGUGUUAAAAACAUGAAAUCAGGAUUUCUGCUUGCUGUACCUUAGACAAGUUUAGACAUGUGUGUGCACACCUACAAAACACAUGGAGCCCAAGAGCUCAGAAAUGCUCACAGACGUGCAGCAUCAAUUCUGCUUUGUCCCGCACACUCCAGAUUCAAAACAUAGACUUGAGUCGGGAUUACAAGUUGUAUCGUAUGACUUUUAGGGUUAGGGGUAGGGUUAGUAAAAAAAAAAAAAAAGAAAGAAAGAAAAGAAAAAGCUAAAAUAUUCCUUGCUAGUAAUAUUUGUAUCAAAACUGAGCUGCGUUUGUGUUUCAUCAUGCAGUUGAUUGUUGUUAUAAUUAUUGUGAUAUACUUUCUAAAUAGUGGUGUGACUGUGGCUGUGCACACAGGACCAAAGACAUUACAAAGCACCGUUGGAUCCUCAUUUGAUUUGAGCUGUAGUUUUCUUAAUGACAUGCCUCAUCUGUUUAGAGGUCUGUCUGACCUCUGUCUCUUUUCCUUUCCCCAAACGUGUUCAGUGAAGGGAUUCAAUCCAACACGAGAGAAAGUUUUCAAUUUUUGAUGAAUGUACAAGCAAAUGCCAGUGUGACAAUGUUACUCUUCCAAGUCUUACGGCAAAACCCCAAACAAGAGUCUUUGAUUUCUGACAUAUAUUUCAGAUGCAGCACAAAUGAAAAAUAUGUACGUUUGUGUCACUCAGUGUUAGUGCCAUAAGAUCUACUGUACUGUACUGUACUGUCUGCAUAGAAUGGAGACCAAGUGCUGUAAACACCCGUAGUGCUAACUUGAACACAUGGGACCUGAUCCUGCUGCAGAACAGAAAACAGACAAUGAAGCCAGAUGAAGACGCAAAGGAAGCGAUGUAGGUUUGGAGGAAGGAAAACCGUCUCAUUCCAACGCCGCUCUCACCAGCACUGUAAUCAUAAUCACUUCCUGAUAUGCAUUCUCCUCGUUGUUGCCACAACAACAAAUGCUACCUUUGAACCUACUGAACCUCGGUAGGUUUACUCGGUUUAUUCACAUGGGUGUCACAAGUUGUCACUCUGUGUUAUUGCCUUCUCUCCCCACGUCUUCCUCUUUGAAAUUGUACAUAAAUCUUAGCCUGAAGGAAAAAAGAGAAGAAAGUAGUGACAGUAUAACACCCCCACCCCCCCACCCGUUAGCUAUGCCUCCUGAUAACACGCUCACCUCUUCUGGAAGGCUUAAUCACCUUUUCCUCCACCACAGUUUUAUCAUAAGUUGUUGUGUAUUUCAUUUGAUUUACUUAAAUGGGUUUGGGAGGUUUUUAUUGCCGCUUUUUCCCCCCAAUGUUUUUCAGAGAUGGCUUUUUAAUUAUAAACUAUGCAUUUCCUGUAACGAUGAAAGAGAGACAAGACUUGUCUGUAUCUCGUCUUUGCAUGAAUCAAGUUAACAGUUAUGCAGAUAUUAUGAACAUGAAAUUUUCCUUCAGUGUCGGUCGGCUCUUGGCCAUGGCUGUUUGUCUUACCUAUAUGGGACCAUCUCAGUCAAACUGUUAAAACCUUGUUAGAUGAAACGCAGUUAGCACAAGCAUUCAUUGGCAGGCUACACACUCUUAUCUCUCUUUUUCAGAUGCUUUUCCUCAUGUAUUCUAUAUAAAAGGUGUAUAGAAAAUGUAUUUAUAGAGUGGUGCCUUGUUGUGACGAUCAAGUUCCAUUAAGGGCUCAUAAGUCGGCCGCAAUCACUGCUGUUUUCGGUGGGCUGUUUUCCAUAAAGGACCUUACACAGUGAGAGACUCUGAUGACCAAAUGGCUAAUAAGCAGUGAAGGACACUCUUUUUGUUUCCAUCUCCAUCACAACAGCAGGACUCGAGCCUCCUAGCAACUCAGCCAGCCAGUGCCCUGUAUAGAAAAGACACUGCUUCUUGUCAUACUGGCAUCUGCCAUUUUGUCUAUCUAUAAACAAUGAAUAUGCAAGAACUAUACUGUGUAUUUGGGUUUUGAUUUUAAUGUGUAAGAUUUCUCUUUAAUUAUGUAUACGCAAGGAAAUUUGUGGUACGUUGUUUUUUUUUUUUUUAAUUCUUCAUUUUUUAAAUAAACUGGGGAAAUAAUA